ACAAGCGAUUCUUUUCGAUCGUCGUUUUACAAUAGCAAUUUGAUAUUCCACCGGCGAUAAUGACUCUCAUAACGCCGUUGAAAUUAUUGUGCAGCGAGUUCUAGCGGUACCGGUGUCCACGUUUCUCGUUUGUUUGAAACUGAAUUAAUGCUGACGGCAGGAAACGCUUCCGGAGAGUACGUACUUCUGUCACCAUGAAUGAUAAAUAUCUCUCGCUCGCGCGUUGUGUUUCACGAUCGAGAGAUUUUUUCGUUCGAUUUCUGCUGGUAAAAAUUACGUGUUCGGUACACUUGCGACACGUUCAUUGUUACAUCGUUGCUUUUUCAAUUAGCAUAAUUACGUAAUAGCACAUGAAAAAGAAAAAAGAAAUAUUCUCGUCAAUGAUAAGAAACAAAAGGCAAAAGAAACGUAACGUUUGUUUAGUCUUGUUGAAACGUACUUGAAUGACAUCAGAGUACUAGAACUGCGUGGUGACCACUUGUACGCCCACGCAGGAUUAUCCGACACGCUGUAAAAUACUUUUGCCCCGCUACAAGCGUUCAGAAAUUAUUGUAGAUUUAUACAAGUACGGAUCCCGAGGACGAGUUUCUGCACCUCCUGCACGAUUACAUCCCAACCUCUAUGAAAUACAAACAGCUUCUGGACUGUAUACUUUCAAAAGACAUAAAAACCUUCAAAAACCUCGUCGAACGAGAUUUAAAGAACCGACCCACCAUCAACGUAAACCACGCUUACCAGGACCGAUCCGGAGAGACGUGCCUGGACAUCGCCUGUAAAAAUGGACUUCCAGAGUUCGUGCAGUUCCUGUUGGAAAAGGGGGCGAACGUUAACAGGAUCAACGAGACCCACAACCGCGGACCGAUUCAUUUCGCCACGGAAAACGGGCACACGGACGUCCUCGGCGUCCUUCUGGACGAACCCACGAUAAAUCCGAACUUGGAGGCAGUACAGCAAACCGCGCUGCACAUGGCGGUAAAGAGGAAAGACUUGAAGUGCAUGGAAUUGCUCCUGGAAAAAGGAGCAAGUCCUAAUAUACCUAACAACAAAGGUCUGACAGCCCUUCAUAUGGCGGCUAUGAAGGGCGAGAGGGACAUGGUCAACCUGAUACUGCAAAAAUCCAGACACGGCCUGGACUUGGACUAUUACAAAGACUACAACGACCAGUCGACCAGAGACGUUCUGCAAAAAAAAUUGCCCGACAUUCAGCUGCCCUCUGCUCAGAAAAGGAGCGUGAAGGUUCACGAUCUUAAGUAUUACCUCAAUGCAAACGAUGAGAAGAACUUUUUGAAGUGUCUCGAAAUCGUUGAGAACGAUGUGGUGAAUAACGUGGCCGAGGAUCUGAUAGAGAUGGCCGCCGAACGGAACUUCAAAGUCACGAUCACCGAACUGUUGAAAAGGGUCAAAGGCACCGGUUGCAACUUGGAAAGGGCCGCGAAUUUGGCGAUUCAACGCGGUUCGGCCGACAUACUUAGUCAAAUAUUGAACACGGACCCCGUGAUCGGGAACAAUUUACUCUUGAACGCCUCUCUUGAAUUGGGCAUACCUGAAAAAGGAAACACGGAUGAUAUGUCUAAUCGAUUGAAGUGUCUGAAGUUGAUUCUUGAUAGAGAGAACGUAGACGUUCGAUGCACGGAUAACAAAGGGAAUACUCCGCUACAUUACGCAGCCAGAGCCGACUGUCGCGAAGCGGUGACAUUGUUGCUCGAAAAAGGAAGUUACAUCGGUCACAUGAACAAUUUCGGUGUACCGCCCGUUGCUGAUAUCUCCGUGUCCACUUUAUCCCAAUAUUUUGACGACUGCAUACAGACCAGAAAAGAACGAACGACAGAGUAUACGAUCGAAUUCAACUACAAAUCCUUGAUGCCCCAUGACACGGUAGGUAGUGCAGAAUACCAAGACAAAAGCACCAUCGGUCAUCAAAAACGAGAAAUGGAUAUUUUCCAAUAUAUCGCUGACAACAGCAACUUAAAGUACUUGCUGAAGCAUCCGCUUUUAUCUUCGUUUCUAUACCUCAAAUGGCACAGGAUAAGGCACAUAUUAUACCUAAACUUCGCUUUCUACGUUCUCGUUUACUUGUUACUGAACACUUAUAUUUUAAAUACGACUUACCAAAACGUAGACGUUAACUCGAACGCGACGACUUACUCGAACGUCUUGAGUAUCUCCACAUUUAUCGCCAUGAAUCUCCUCGCUAUCAAAGAGAUCCUCCAGUUAAUAUCGACGCCAUGCCACUACAUGUCGAAUUUCGAAAAUUUGCUAGAAAUGAUACUUGUAAUCCUGUGGUAUGCAAUAUUUUUGGGCGCAGGCGCCCAAGUCGCCGCCGUGGUGAUAUUAUUGUCCGCUUGGGAAUUGGUGGUCCUAAUCGGCCAAUAUCCACGCUGGUCGACCGACAUCGAAAUGUUCAAAACGGUAUCCUUGAACUUCAUGCGUUUUCUCUUCCUUUAUGCAUUAUUGAUUCUGGCUUUUGCGAUGGCCUUCUUCACUCUCUUCAAGGACAGCGACAACGACAACUUUCCAGACAUCGGUCACUCAUUGUUCAAGACCAUUAUUAUGCUCACGGGAGAGUUCGACGCAGAUGAGAUACCUUUCGUAUCGUAUCCGAUUUUGAGUCACCUGGUGUUCGUGCUAUUCGUUUUUUUCAUUGCCAUAGUAUUAUUCAACUUGCUGAACGGUCUGGCCGUUAGCGAUACUGCUGAUAUACUUGGUAAAGCGGAAUUGGUUGGGCUGAUCGCUAGAAUAAGACGAAUUGCGUAUAUUGAAAAUGUUGCGGUUCGCGCUCCAACCGUCCACGGGCCUCACUGUUUGUUGUGUCACGGUUUCCUACAUUCCUGGAGAUACAAGCCACUAGCGUUCCUCGUCAAAAAGAUACUCCUUUUCCCGAGUUAUUUGAAAAAUGGUAAACUGUAUGUCAAACUGCAAGAUAAUCUGGAAACGUUCGAUAAUAGAAUAUAUUAUAAGAAACGAACUGACCACGAUUCUAAGGAUAAAAUACUUCCUACCUUCAACAUGGAUCCUCAUAUUAUAAAGCAAGCUAAAAAGAUUCUUUCAAAGAGACGCCAAGAAUCGGAUACUGAAAAGAUGAUCUGUGAAUUGAGGAAAGUAAAAGAGAUUCUUUCAAAGAGAUGCCAAGAUACUGAAAAAGUGUUCUGUGAAUUGAGAAAAGUGAAAGAAAAUUUGGAUGCCCUAAAAGAAUUCAUUGAAAAAAAAUAAUUUGUAUGUUAGAAAAGAUAAUGAAAAUUAAGAUACAUAUUACCAAUAGAAGAUUCCUUGUACUAUUUAUUUUAUUUUGUAUCAAAUAUUAUUCUUGUCAAUGUAAUAAAUAAGAAACAACAAAUUGUCUGUCUUAAA